CCGCGCCCGGCGACGUCAUCGGCCCCGCGCCGCCGCCCCGCCCGGCUCCCGGCCUUCGGUCCCGCUGCGCCGCUCGGCUGACCGUCGCCCGCCGCCGCCAAAAUGUCUGCAGGUGCAACCCCAGGGUCAAGUGCUGCCUCUGGCAGCAACCGAAGACUUCAGCAGACACAAAAUCAAGUAGAUGAGGUGGUGGACAUCAUGAGAGUCAAUGUGGAUAAGGUGUUGGAAAGAGAUCAGAAGCUCUCAGAGUUAGAUGAUCGUGCAGACGCGCUACAGGCAGGAGCAUCCCAAUUUGAAACAAGUGCUGCCAAGUUGAAGAGAAAAUAUUGGUGGAAGAAUUGCAAGAUGUGGGCGAUAGGGAUUGUCGUCGUGGUCAUCAUCAUCAUCAUCAUCAUCGUGUGGAAUGUUUCCCCGUGAACAACCAGUGUGGCCCCAGCCUGCUGUUCAAGAAAUCUCUUCAAGACAUUUGACUUAGAACCUGCUAUAUUCUCGAGCUCGCCUACUGUUCUAUCUAAACUGAUUAUUUUCUGUUUGUUACUGUAAAGUUCAAUUUCUAGGAAACGUGCCUUUGUUUUUGUAAGCACUCCAAACUUGAAGUGCAGCUGCCCAGCCCAUACCCAGCCCAGUGCCUUCCGAGACUGCUGUGUGGCUGGUGAUGAGGAUCUCUUAAGUUCCCGAGUGUUGUUAACCUAGAAGUCAUGUUGUCUCAUUAAUUGCCAUUAAUUCCAGUUAAGGGAAUUUGUUCCAAGUUAGCUAUCCCUGUCAUAGGACAUCUUCAGAACCACAUUCUUUUUUUUUUUUUUAAUUUUUUUUUUCAGAACCACAUUCUUAAACUUAGGUAAUCAGAUUUCCAGUUUGUGCCUUCCAGAAAGAACACUACUGCCUAACGCAAAUCUGUAACAAUAACAGAUUGUGCCUUAUUUUGCUAUUUUUCUGAUUCCAUAGAAGAGAACUCUCUACUGUUUAUAAGCACUACUGAGUCCUGCGCUGUAUUUAAAAUAAGAUGCAGAUAAAGAGUUUUUGCUCUUACGUGAGAUAUGAAGAUGUUUACUUUCUUGUUACUGUUUUGUAUCACUUGCUAAAAAAUAUUAUUUUAAUCAGAAAUAAUAGCCUCUUUAAAACAUUUUUAUAGAACUAUGGCUAUGACCAAAGUUUCUAUUUUGCCAAAAAGUUGAAUGCCAGUACAGUGUCCUUAAGUCUGAUCCCAACAGAGAAAUUCAGAAAUGUGACAAAUGGAAUUUAAAGUGCCCUUCACAAUUAAAAUGAUAAGAUUGUGAACUUCUAUAUCCUACCAGGCCUUUCUUGCCUGUGGAAUACUGUAGGUGGUGCAGCUUGCCUGUGACUCAGCAUCUCUCCCAGGGGUUAGAGAAGGUUUAGGCUAGACUCUGAGCAUCUCCUACCUAGAGCCCAAGUACUACGCUAUGGUUCACAGACUGUCAACUGUGGACUCCAGGAGGUCUAUGAGAAUUAAUGUGAGCAACAGCUUCUGCAGCCUUUGAGUGAGACCAUCCUGAACCCAGUUCCCAGUGACGAUAGCCUAUUUUUAUCCAUAUUUCUAUUUUUGUUUCCUAUUUUUAUCCGUAUUCCACUUUCUAAAUCUGUUUUCUAAAUUAUGCUUUCAAUUGGGCAUCGGUCAGGGCUGGAUGACUCUUCACAGAGGAUAGCUAAUCAGAAACUCUUCGAUGUCAUAGAUUGCAUAAGAUGCUGCUUUGGAAAUAGCUUUGUCAUCUGAGAGACUUGUGUGAGACUUUCAUCAUCUGGGUGGGUGGCUUAAGGAUGGGAAUUCAGGUAGGCAUGCAGACAGGCAAGGAGAUGCUGAAGGAGGAAUACAGAGGUGUUACCACUCUGGCCCAUUGUUACUGGAGGAUUCUAAAAUUCUUAUUCACAUGUUAGCAUGUGACUUAGAAAGCAACAACAGUUGGGGGGUACUGGGACACGGGCUUUGUUUAGUAUCUGUUUCCCUGGCAUCACUGAAACACUGCAAUGUUGAAGACAUGCCCUGCAGGAUGCCCAGCUGUGAGAAGGAAGCAGCAGUCAAAUGUGGGGCAGGCCAUGAGCCCACCCUUCACUCAGGAGCUCUGGCCAGGUCUGACUGAAAUCUUGGUGCUCCCUCCUUGCCUCGUGCCUAGCCCCAUGUAACCCGCUGGCUCCUGCGUUAACCCAGGGGUACCUUGCUUGUAUCUGUGCAUUUAGCUGGGAACUUGCCCACUAUAAUGAACUGAAUAAACUGUUUAUAAACAUAA